ACUAUGUAUUGGCAAUUUGACUACAUUGAUUUCGUCGUAAUCGAAGAACUGAAUAAAACAUUGAACAAUAAAAUUUGUUAACAUCAUCUCUGGCGCACUGAAGUGUGUCUAUUUUGCUUUGGAAAUGGAAGACGUAAACAAGGCUGCUGAAUCAAAUGAAGAAGAAAGCACUAAUGCUAAGGAGAAUGGUCCUCCCCAAGAGGAAAUGGCACAGAAAAAUAAACAGAUGACUGUGGGAACUGGAGACAGUGAUGCUGCACGAACAACAAUAUUGAAACCUGUAGGGGAGGGGAAGAAUGGAAAUAAAACAGCCUCCAAGCAGCGGCCAGAGAGGAAAGGUUGUUGUUACUGUGGCAAGGAGCGUAACCUAAACAUUGUAGAACUGCUGUGUGCCAGCUGCUUACAUUGGUACCACGAGUCAUGUAUAGGUCUUCAGCUUGGAAAGCUUGUGCCUUUCAUGAUGAACUACGUAUUUGUGUGCAAAAACUGUUCUCCUACAGGACUGGAAAGUUUCAAGAAAAACCAGGCUGCAUUUACACAGAUGUGUGUAACUGCCUUAGGAAACUUAAAACAUGCAAGUGCAAAAGAAGGCACACCCAGGACAAUGUUUUCUAAAGAUAAAGAAAUUGUUCCAUUUAUUGAUCUUCAUUGGGAAGGCAUGACAACAAUGCCACGCCGUGUUACUCAGUCAUGGCAUUCAACGAUCCAUCGUGCCUUAAUGAAAGAUACAGGAACAUUAUUUGUAUGUGAUGACACUGGGAAGACUGAUGCCCAUCCAUUAUAUGGUCUUCAAGGCCUUGAACUAGUUGACAUAAGGCCAAAUUAUGAGGCAAUGAUUCGUGGAGGUCAUUUGAAAAUUACAGACAUGGGAGUUCAACAUGUACAACCAUCAAGUACCGUAAAAGGUCGAAGUACAAAAAGGAAGAUAGCAUCUGAUCAGGGAGGUGGUGGUAGACAGAGGGGUCGAGUAACUGAAGCAACUGCACCAAAAUUGUCAGCCCAUGGCUAUCCUUUGGAACAUCCAUUCAAUAAGGAUGGGUAUCGUUAUUUCCUUGCAGAGCCUGAUCCACAUGCUCCAUUUAGGCAGGAAUUUGAUGAGAGCCCUGACUGGGCAGGUAGACCAAUACCUGGCUGGUUGUACCGCAGGCUGUGUCCAAGUACAGUCUUACUUGCACUUCAUGAUCGUGCUCCACAGUUGCAUAUUUCUGAAGACAGACUUUCUGUCACUGGUGAGAAGGGAUACUCCAUGGUUCGUGCCACUCACUCGGUGAGUCGUGGCACAUGGUACUGGGAAGCCACUGUGGAGGAAAUGCCUGAUGGCUCAGCAACACGUCUAGGGUGGGGACAGGAGUAUGGAAAUCUGCAAGCACCUUUAGGUUAUGAUAAAUUUGGAUAUUCCUGGCGGUCAAGGAAGGGUACACGAUUUCAUGAGUGUCGUGGUAAACACUACAGUCCUGCUUAUGGAGAAGGUGAUGUGCUUGGAUUCAUGAUUGUUUUACCCGACUCAAAUGAAGUAAAUCAUUUACCUCAGCCCUACAAAGAUAGACCUCUAGUGAAAUUCAAGAGCCACCUCUACUAUGAAGAAAAAGAUACAGUCAAUGAAAAACUGAAGCAGCUUAAAAUUAUUCCUGGAAGUAAGCUGAUCUUUUACAAAAAUGGUGUCUCACAGGGUGUUGCUUUUACAGAUAUAUAUGGUGGUUCAUAUUAUCCAUCACUUUCACUGCAUAAAAGUUCUACCGUUUCUGUAAAUUUUGGACCAAAUUUUAAAUUUCCACCAACUGACUUUCCAUUCAGACCAAUGUCUGAGAAAGCAGAGGAAGCCAUUUGUGAACAAGCUUUAGCAGACAUCCUGUACUUAACGGAAAAUGAGGGGCGACUCCGUCUUGACAUUUAUGGAUCGUAACUGCUACAUGUUAUUGGAGUUGUUGUCAACUUUAUGAUACUUUCAAGAGCUUUUUUUGGCAAAGUUGUAAAAUAUAAUUUUGCUGAUUGCCAAAGUGAUAUAUAUUUGUGAUGUUAGUUUUGCUGUGAAUACUAUGUCAGUAAAAUUAUAUACAUAAGAUACUUGAAACUAUAUUCUGUGAUGAUAUUUAUAUUUUUUCUGUUCUGGUGUCAAUGGAGCAUCAUGUCCAUUGAUCAGAGUGUAAAGCACCAUUUUAAUUCCAGUGCAUGAAGUUAGUGACUCACUGCAUUUCACUUUGUAAAAUGACUGUACGUUUUAACAUUAGAAACAACCUGGAACAAAAUGUGAUAGCUGUGAGGGCUGCUGUACUUUAAUGUUGUGCCUUAAAUUUGUUGAUUCUGUGAAACAAUGGUUAUUUACAGAUAUAUAUAUGUAUAUAAUAUGGGAAUUUAUAUAUUUCCAGAAAAAAUUGCAUUUAUCUCCAAUAUAAUCAUUGUAAAUAAAUGAUUGUAAGCCAUUUUCGGAUGGUAGUGUAUUUUUGUAUAGAGAUUUGAAAAUACAGCUUGUGAAUACCUUCUGUAAUCAAAUGAUUUAAUUUAAUGUGUAAAGCUUUUGAGAAUCUUGUGGAACAGCUUACAGAUCAAGCUUCUUGACUGUGUAUUUUAUAUGCAGUGUGAGCUUACUGCAUACACUGCCAGUACUAAGAUUUUACUGUCUUUGGUAAAGUUGAUGUUGAGAGAGGACCCAUUCUAUUAAAUGUACUUCUGUUGAAUACUUAAGAAAGGAGUUCAUUUCACCAUGUAAUUCUAUUUUUUCCAAUGUUGGAUUCACUUGUAGCUAGGUAGUUGCAGCAUACAUAUUUCAUACAAUGUGCUUAAUUAAAAGAAAGAAGGAACAAACUUGGAAAAUAUUAUUCUGGCUUUUUGUUUAAUUUACUGCUUUCUCUACAUUAUUUUGACCUGUAUGGAUGUGAAAUAGAAUUUUACUUUUUGUAAAGUUUGAUUCGGAUAUUAUCGCAUUAGAAUGAAUAUUCACUCUGCAGAGAAGUGUGUGCCAAUUUGGAACUUCCUGACAAAUCCAUGUGCCAGAUUGGGACUCAAACCUGGUACCUUUGCCUUUCACAGGCAAGUGCUCUACCUACUGACCUAUUCAGCAUGACUCACAAAUUGCCCUCACUGUUUUACUUACACCAGUUUCUCAUCUGUUACUUCCCAAACUUCACACAGUUCCCUGGCAUACCUGGCAGGGCUAGCACUUUGAAGAAAGGGUAUUGCAGUCCGGCACACAGUUUUAAUCUGCCAGGAAGUUUCAUUAUCAUAGUAUUUUUCUAAAGCAUAAUUUUAAGUGUAGAUAAAAAGCUGUAUAUAUGUAUUUAAGUUUCAUCAGAAUGUUUCAGUGUGUCAAGGAUUGUAAGACAGGGUCAUGUAUUAAGGGCACAACUCUUUUUAGUAAGUAUCUAGGUUAUACCAUAAGGAGAACAGUGAGAAUUAGAGUGUCAUAUCUCAGUUAAUGGAAGAAUAAUACAGUGCUACUCUAAAGGGAAGCCUCCAAAUUUACUUUGGAGAGUAAAAAUAGUUAACCUGUUUUGAGGACUUAACAUAUGUGGGAGCCAAAUUUAUGAUAAUUUAGUGUGGAUCUCAAUUAUGUCAGCUUAAGAAUCUGUCAACUGAUAGUGACACCUGAAAUGAGGAAAAGCAUAAAAGCAGUACUGUCCUAUGGUUUAUUCCCAAAAAUACAUUUACCAAGAUAUAGUAGAAUAGAGCAUUAUCAAAAACUACUAUAUUUGAUUAAUUGAUACUAGCGUUUUUCAAGUAUUUCUACAUUUGCGACAAGUGGACUGUCAAGUCAUACAACAAAAACAUUAUUGCUAUUUUCAAGUUGUGGAAUUAAAUUAUAAUGCUGAGUGUAUCCUGAUUUGUAAAAAGAACAAGAAUAAGAAUGUUGGUUGGUAAUCAAAGAAGUGAACGUCAUCUGUCAUCCCAUUUGCUUUAAUGAAAAUCUUCUGUUUCUUGGGCCAUAUAUUAUGAGGAACUGGAAAGAAUCUGGAUCAAUUCAUUAUGCAUCAAGUUUUGUAGCAAAAGAUUGCAAGAAGAACUGCUGUGAGGUAUUUAUUUGAGGCCAUAAUUUGAUGGACCUGUGUCUACAUGUUAUUCCAAUUACAGCAAAAUACUUCUUUUUGUGAUGUUGUCUAACUAGAAGUUCAACCCAAACACAAAAUUAUGCCACUGGAGGGAUUGAAAUAAAAUAUGUAAGUAACAUAAAAAUGUAUCUUUUGAACAAAGCAUUCUACUCCA